AAUAUAUAGAAGCUAUGUACACCAGGAAAUAAGUCAAAACCCAUGGAGAUAUAUUAAGGUGUGAACGUUGUAAGAGGUAAACAAACAUCAUGGCGGCGGCGGCGACGGCUCGACCCAUGACAAAACUACCAGAUGGUUUUGACAGAUGGAUCUGUUUGUAUCCUGCAUAUAUUAACAAAGACAAAUCCCGUGCUGAAGGUCGAAGAAUUCCUAAGGAGAAGGCAGUAUCAGCACCCACAUGCAAGGAGAUGCUAGAUGUGCUCUCUACAUCAGGCCUUCAGGUACUGGGUGAACGCAAGAUUUACUGCCGUGAAAAGAGCAAAGAACCUAUAUAUUGGGGCAGAGUGCGUGUUCAACUGAAGAAUCAGACCGGAGAACCUAUAAAUCCCAGAUUCAGAUCUCGUGAGGAUGUCAUGUUCUUCACUGCAGAGAAGAUUCCCCAACUGAAAACAAGAACAAACCCUAAACAUAACCAGGAUUCUCAGCAGCAACAAGGAAAGCAGGGCAAGGGAAAGAAAAAAAAGUAAUCCAGUGUUUUGAAUAUUAUGGAACCAGUAAAGAAUAAAAUGUAUGCAAUU